AUGGAAGAAAUACAGAAUACCAUCACAGCUCUUCCUAAUGGAAAAUCAUCAGAUUCCCCGGUACCUUCCUCAAUGUUGAACUCCUACAUCACAGUGAUAUUAAAACCAGAUAAAGAUCCUGCAGAUUGUCCCAGCUAUCGUUCUAUCUCCCUAUUAAAUUCGGACUUGAAAAUAUUCACCAAAAUUUUAGCUAAUAGGUUGAGCGACAUACUCCCUAACCUCAUACACAAAGACCAAUUUAGUCGACUUCUUCCCCAGCUGAAGUCUGCAAUCGAGUGCCGAAAGGAUAAUAAUAUUGUUCUAUCUCGGCCUCUUUCUGUCGGCACAACCUCGUCCCCCCCGGUGUGCGGCUCCCCGGUGGUCUCCAGCAGGAUAGUCGGGGGCACCAACGCUGUGGAUGGAGAAUGGCCCUGGCAGAUCAGUCUGUAUUAUCGGAAUUCCCCUUUGUGUGGGGGGAGCCUGAUCUCCAGCCAGUGGGUGAUGUCCGCAGCUCAUUGCUUCCAAAGCUCCAUCAAUGUAAACGAUUACAUUGUCCGGCUGGGGAAAUACCGACUGUCCAUGACCGAUGACCAUGAAUAUAGCGACAAUGUACAGCAAAUUAUCCUUCACCCUAUGUAUAAAGGGAUAGGGGGCAGUGGAGACAUUGCCCUUAUGCAGCUGAAGAGCCCAGUCACCUACACCAAGUACAUCAUGCCUAUCUGUCUGCCAUCUUCCACCGUCACCUUCCCUUCGUGCAUGGAAUGCUGGGUAACCGGUUGGGGAGACAUCGGAUCUAGCGUCAAUUUACCAUCCCCCAAGACUCUCCAGAAGGUGUUGACUCCCAUCAUUGACCGAGAAACAUGUGACAAACUCUACCAUGUGGGCUCCACCACCAGCAGCAAGGUCUCCAUCAUCUUGGAUGACAUGAUAUGUGCUGGUUACAAAAACGGAGGCAAGGACUCCUGCCAGGGAGACUCCGGGGGACCCCUGGUAUGUAAGGUGCAGGGCGCCUGGUACCAAGCUGGAAUUGUAAGUUGGGGAUAUAGAUGCGCUGUGAUGAACCGUCCGGGGGUGUACACACUGGUAUCAGCCUAUUCAUCCUGGAUCCAAACCUACGUGUCAGAUGUGACCUUCAGUAACCUCACAAAUAUACCUCUCCCGUCCCUUAACUGUGAUACAGGAAUAAAAACCUCCACAUCAAAAGUAAGCAGUCCUAACCUCAAAACCUCUCCCGAUCAGCGCAGCUAUACCUCAGCCACAACCAGCAGUUCCCAAACCUCUCCCAACAAAGUCAACUACACCUCAUCCAUGAGUCCUGUGUGUGGCUCUCCGAUGGUCAGUAACCGAAUUGUAGGGGGCACAGACGCUGUAGAUGGUGAAUGGCCCUGGCAGGUCAGUCUGCGGUACCGGGGAUCUCAUCUCUGUGGAGGGUCCUUGAUCUCCAACCAGUGGGUCCUGACCGCUGCUCAUUGCUUUGAAUAUUCUGUCAAUGUGACCUAUUACACUAUCGUGCUGGGGGAAUACCGACUGUCCAUGACUGAUGGCCAUGAAGACUAUGCCAAUGUACAGCGAAUUAUCACUCACCCCACAUAUAAAGGGUUGGGGAGUAGUGGAGACAUUGCCCUUAUCCAGAUGAGGAUCCCAGUCACCUACACCAAGUACAUAAUGCCCAGCUGUCUGCCAUCUUCCACCGUCACCUUUCCUUCUGGCAUGGAAUGCUGGGUCACCGGCUGGGGAAACAUAGGAUCUGGUGUGAAUCUCCAGUAUCCUCAGACUCUACAAGAGGUGAUGACCCCACUGAUUGACUACAAGACAUGUGAUACCAUGUACCACGUAAACUCCGGUGUGAGCGCGAGCGUCAGCGUCAUCUAUCGUGAUAUGAUUUGUGCCGGGUACAAACAAGGGACAAAGGAUUCCUGCCAGGGAGACUCUGGAGGACCUUUGGUGUGUAAAGUAAAUGGUACAUGGUACCAGGUGGGCAUUGUCAGUUUUGGCACCGGCUGUGCUCUUCCAAACCGGCCCGGAGUCUACACGCUAACUACGGCCUACCAGACAUGGAUACAAGCCUACAUCCCAGAACUUCAUUUUACUAAUCUGGGGACUGUAGUUGGCCCUACUGUAGCUGGAAAUGGUCAAGAACUGGUGACUCUCGGUAAAGAUCUGGUGACUCUGAUUCUUCUUUCCACGAGUUUCAUGGUUUUUAAUUUAAUGUAA